AUGUUGAUCAGUGCCGCUUCCGAUGCUGUAAAGUGCAGGAUGUUUCCGGCUACGUUCAAAGGCACUACCACGGCAUGGUUCACAACACUGCCCCGAGGAUCAAUCACGAAUUUUCGUGACUUCUCGUCCAAGUUCUUAGUCCAGUUCUCAGCAAGUAAAACCAAGCAAGUGACGAUUGAGGACUUGUACAAUGUGCGCGAGUCUAAGGGCGAGACUCUAAAGCAGUAUGUGAAACGGUUCAGCGCCGCAUCAGUAAAAAUCGGGGAGUCGGAGCCGAAUGCCUGUGCCCGUGCCUUCAAGGACGGAUUACAACCUGGGAAGCUAAAUAGCAAGUUGAGUCGCAAGCCGGCCCAAUUAAUGGCUGAGGUUCGGGCGAGAGCAAACACUUACAUACUUGACGAGGAGGACGAUGCUUUUAAGCGAAGGCGCGCGAAAGUAGAGAAAGAUGGCGAUCAGAGGGAUGCAUCGCCAGAGGACAAGCCAAGCAAAGAUAAAGCAGAAGGGAGCAAGAGACGAGUCAGAAAGGCGCGUACGUGUGAAAGAGUGCCGAGAGAACCAUUGUAUCCCAAUAAGGAGAGUUUUGAGCGCCGCCGACCCUGGCAUCAGGCCGAUCCUCGUCGGCGGGAAGAGUCAGGGAAAAGUUUGAGUGCGCAUUUGACAGAGCUACUGCGUGAGGUUAAGGUGACACACGCGGUUGAGGAAGGCAAGAAAGAGGCAGGCUCGCCCCGGGCGGCGUUAGAUAAGACAAAAUGGUGCGAGUACCACCGCUCGGCAGGGCAUGACACUGGUGACUGCUUUACUCUGAAGAAUGAAAUUGAGAGGCUCAUCCGAGCGGGGCGAUCACAGCUGGGUGACCGUGGUGAUCGCUAG